ACUUUGCAAUAAUGCGAACUUUAUUAAUUAAAUAGUAACAUUUUCAUUAUCCAGUAUUCCCGGUAUUGAUCGAUUUGAAAGCGAGAAAGGUUUAAAAUGAUUCGUAUCUUAGUGCUUAUAUGCAUUAAUAUCCUUGCAAUAGGUGCAAAACCAAUGCAGCAGACACCAUUUGAUGAGCUUGUUAAUAAUGCCAUUAAAAAUUUUUAUGGUAUGCACUGCGUGUCCGAAGUUAUUGUCGAUGUUAGUGCUGCAGCUGGUGAUUUCGCUUACGACUUGGAACUCUGCGAAGAUCCGUACACAGUAGAUGACUUCACAGACAUCCUUGAUACUAAGGAUGUUAUAAAUAGAAUUACGGAUAGACUACUGGUUGUCAAUGAACUUGAUUGUGAUAAUCAUCAAUAUCUUCCUGAUUGGAAUGGUAGCACAAUUCCCUCACGCGAAUGCCUGACAAAGUUCAAAAAACACUUAAAUAAAAUGAAUUUUGUUAUAGAGGAAACAAUAAACGAAAUCUUAGUGGCUGGUGAAAGCAAUGUUUGUGCCCUUAUGGCUAUGGGCAAAUACGUAAUAAAACUCGAUAAUUUCACGGGACUUUUGCAAGCAUGCGCCGAAGUGGCCGAAAAAUUCAACAAAUGAAAUGCAAUAAAAUAUGCAAUAAUUGUAAUAUAAAUAAUAAUAAAAUGGCGUAAGUUAACUUUUACAGUUCAACUUGAAAUUGUAUUCAGAAUAAAUUGUUAAAAGUUACGAAAA